AUGGCGGACAACGAACUAAUGAGAGUCUCUGUAGUGGGAGGCAACCCUGUCUCGGCCUUCCUAUCAUGGCGACUACAAGCUACCAACGCGUGCGAUGUGACGCUCGUUUGGAAAUCUGGGUACGAACAUGUGGCACAGUACGGCAUCUCGUUCAAGUCACCGACAUUCGGCAAUGAACGAUUCAAGCCCCGGCAUGUUGUCCGAAACCCCGAAGACGCCGCCAGUGCCCGCGAAGGCCCCUUCGACUACGUUGUUCUCUGUGUCAAGGCAUUGCCGGAUGUCUAUGACCUCGCCUCCGUAAUCGAUUCUGUCGUCACGCCCCAGCACACUUGCAUUCUCGUCAACACUACCCACACGCUGGGAGUCGAAGCUGCUCUUGAGGAGCGAUUUCCCACCAAUGUCGUCCUGUCACUCGUUUCUGGUGCUGAGCUUACACAGCUUGGCCAGAGCGAGUUCGAACACAAGGGACCUACAGAUAUCUGGAUUGGACCUGCCAGCCAGAAUACCAACAUCCCCCAGUCUAUCCAGGAGGAUAUGGCACAGGCUUUGGCAGUGACCCUUAGCUCUGGCCAGGUGGAAUGCAAGGUGUCUCCGAACAUACGCCAACAACAAUAUGAGAGGGUGAUUGGGCCCAUUGCUUUCCAUCCUAUUAGUGUCAUUUUCGAAACUCCCAACCAUGCCGCCCUUCUCGAGAAGGUUGGCGUCAAGGACAUGGUGUCUGAAGUACUUGAUGAGCUACUUCGAUUGGCCGCUGCUAACGGAUGCAAAUUCGACGCUGAUUUCAAGCAAAAGACAAUUGACGAGAUGACCAAGACGUCGGGAGAGAGCAUCAUGUGGCAGGACUACGUUGCCAGGAGGCCCAUGGAGAUCGAAACCUACCUUGGAUCACCUGUCAAGCUCGCUCGCGACAACAAGGUCUCUGUUCCCAGAAUCGAGACGCUUUACGCCAUCCUCCAUAACCUGAAUACUGUCAACCGCAACAGACCUAAACCGGGCGAUCCGAACGCCAACAUCAUGCCACCAAGCUCCCCGACCGCACCGCAACUACCUCGAAUGCCAUCCCAGAACAGUCAUCGCCCCAUGAUGAACAGCAUGCCCAAUGGAGGGAUGCCCCCUCGCCAACCCAGGCCACGGAACUCGUCCAAUCUCAGCCAGGCUGGUAUGCGUCGUGGACCACCUCCAAUGAACGGUGGACCUCCUAACGGUUAUCCCCGACCGCCGCCUUCGAUGAAUGGUGGAGGCUCUCGCCAGCCAUCAAGGAGGGGAUCCCUUGAGGAGAACAGCCUUGAGGAAUUCUCGCACCUCGUAUUAUAUGACGACAUUCCUGAAGGCUCCGAGCCUUCCGUGGCCGGUGAUAACUCAGAUAUUGCUAUGCGAGAGCGGGAGCUGGCCCUACGACAGCGAGAACUCGCCAUUCGAGAGCAAGAGAUGCGAAUGCGACGUGGACCUCCUGGACCACCUGGACCCCCUGGCCCACAUGGAGGACCUGGUCCCCGUCGUGGUCCUCAUCCUAUGCGCAACAGCAAGCAGGUGUUUGACGAUGAUGAUGAUGACGACGACGACUACUUUGAUCCGACCGCAAACCCGGCGCCUCCACUGAUUGACCCAGAUAAUUUCGACAUGAUGAGCGUGACCUCGAGAAAGAACCGAAAGGCCCCUGAGCAGAACCCUGCCCAGUUCCGCCGCAACCCCGAUACUCUACCACCGCCUACGCGAGGAGGGCGGUUCAGACCCAGUUUCGGCCGCAACCGCACCAGCCAAGUCGGGCAUACCCAUGCCACGAUGACAACUGAGAACAUUCUAGAGGAUCCUCUCUUGAGUUGCUCUUCGAACCGCUACGGAGCUGUAGACCGUGGUGCCAUGAACGCAGGUUCUCGGGCCAACUCUCUUACGGCUGCAAGGCUCGAUGACCUUCAGUAUGGUCCCGGCCCCGGUGGACCUCCCGGCAUGAACGGUGCUUACCCUCGGCGGGCCAGUCAGUCCCCUGGAAAUCCCUAUAGUCCAUCAAUGCGUGGUGGCAGUCGACGAGGAUCUCCCCCGAAUGGUUACGGCCCAGGCAUGAACGGGCGACCAUCACCACCUAAUGGUGUUCGCCAGCCCAUUCCCCAACACCCUCCGGGUCAAGGCAACGCAGUAGCACCACAGCAAGUUGAACAACAUAUUGGGGUGAGCGCCCUCCCUCAAACUAAACCUAGGAAUGUUCGCAGUCUGACGGGUAGUGCGAGCGCCAGCGCGGGCAGUGGUGAAUCCGAGUCAGCAAACAGCAGCCAGGGCAGUCUACCUCCACGCCCUCCGAUUGGAGUGCGAUAA